AUGUGGAGGCUGAAGGUUGCAGACGGAGGAAAAGAUCCACACAUAUUCAGCACUAACAAUUUCACAGGGAGACAAAUAUGGGAGUUUGAUCCUAACGCAGGCAAUGAAGAAGAACGAGCUCAAGUUGAAGCAGCUCGUCAAGAUUUCUAUGCAAAUCGUUUCAAGGUUAAGGCCUGUGCUGAUCGACUUUGGCGAUUUCAGGUUAUGAGGGAAAACAAUUUUAAACAAACAAUACCUUGUGUGAAAAUAGAAGAAGAGGAAGAGAUUACAUCUCAGAAACAGAAAGUUACUAUCACAUUCAAGAGGGCUGCUCAUUAUAUAUCGGCACUACAAACUGUUGUGCUCCUCUCUUUUACAUUUCUCCUUUCGUAAGUUCAACUUACUUUAUAU